AUGGGAGGGGAUGAGACGACCAAAGCCCCUGCACCAGUAGGGUUCUGCCUGUGUGUGCCCUGCAACAAGCGCGCGCGGCAAGCGUGGACGCCCCCAGACUGCGCUGCUACAAGCUACGAAAUACGCUGCAGCCACAGCCGCAGAUUUCUAAGCCAGCGUAGCGGCAGCAGCGGCAGGGGCUUCAGCAGGAGCAACUCUCGCAGCGCUGGCGCUGGCACUCCAAGGCCCCCCAAGCUCGGCAGUACAGAACCUCAGCUGAGCUGCUACAUGCUUCAGCAGCAGCAGGAACUGCCGCAGCAGCAGCCAGCGGUGUUGUGCCCUGGCUGUGCUGCUGCUGCAGGUUCUUGGAGCAGCUGCUUCUUCUGCUGCACGAAAGAGGCCCCCCGAUCCCCAGCUUCGAUGCCUUCGUCAAGCAAUUUGCUCCACGUGCCCUCUUGCUCGUCUCAGGGCAGCAAUAGUUUUCACGACAGUGACAGCGAAAUUGCUUCAUUUAAUGCCUCGAAACCAGCAGUAGCCCCUGCAGCUACGUUGGAUGCCGACACAGCAGAUCCACGACAGCUGCAGCAAAGCAACAGCAGAAACUUGCGACUCCAUAUGAGCCGCAGCAGCAGCUUCAAGAGCCGAUUUCCCUGCGUAGACUGCUGGAGGUGCAGCAACAGUUGCACUAUCAGCCUCAAGGUGCUGCAGCUCCAAACAGCCAGUGGCAGCAUCAUUCCUGCCCUGUUCCUUCGCCAUCCGUCCGCCAGGCAAACUCUUCUGGUGUCUCACCGAAGCAACAGCGACUUGGGGCGUAUGUACCCCUUGCUUUUGUUCUUGUGCCGCUCUCUUUGCGUAAAUGUCUUGGGCUACGAGUACACCGGUUAUGGAUUCUGCUGCUGCACCAUUCGCAGGAACCAUUCCGAACAGCAGGAACAGCAGCAGCAGCGAAGGCUGUGCCGGCCAUCUACAACUGGGGUGAACACAGAUAUUCGCGCAGCUUUCCUUUGGCUACAACAGCAGCAGCAGCAAACCCCCCAGAGCAUUAUUCUGUACAGUGAAGGAAGGGGCCUUCUGCCUGCCUUACAGCUCAGGUCUGAGCUUGCCGCUGAGGGUUUGCAGCUGGGGGGGCUGGUGUUUGUGGCGCCUGCGGCGGCAGCUGCAGGUACUGCAAGUACUGCUACAGGACUGCCUCUUUCGCGGGUUAAAGGGAAGGAGGGAGGGGAGGUGAGAAGAAUCCGCCGUUUGGUUCCGGCGUGCCUCCGCCGUCGCAGCGAAACCCACGAUGUGUACAUGCAGCUGCUACAGCUACAUCUAGACGAAUUGCUGGUCCUGGAGGGCUCCAAGCAGCAGCAGCAGGAGGCACCCUGUGGGAAGACGCCACAGUUGUUGCUGAGACAGCGAGCAGCGGCAGCAGCAACAGCAGCAGAGACUGGUGACCUUGAAUGUACGUGUAGCGACUUUCCUACAGGCGACAACUUACGCCGGUUAAAGGCGUUUGUGUUGCGCUCAAGAGAACAACAGGAGCAGCAGGAACUUGCUGUGGAGAGGCACUAUCAAAUACAGCAACAGCAGCAGCAGCUCCUGCUGGCGCAGAGGCAGCAGCAGCAGAAGUUGUGGUGCAGUGUCAUGCAGACUGAUCACGUGGGUGGAUCUAACGAGCAGCAGCAUGACAAUCUCCUUUCACAGCAGCCGCAGCAGGCUGGAACCGAUGCGAACAAAGGAGACCCAGCGACGAACUACCCCACGGAGUUGGUGUCUCCGCCUGCGACGACCGAAGGAACGCCAGAAAAGCCAUUUUCGGAGCAGCAGCCGCUGGCUCUGCGGCCUUAG